UGUGUAGAUGGGUUUGUCAGUCAGCUGACCAGUCCGCCAUUUUGUCAGCCAUUUCCUAGACGGCUCCGCUGCAGAUCAGCACACAGAGAAGGAGCGAAACCCCUCCUGCACAGGCCGUUGCUCGGGACUGAAUGAGAGACUAGUGCUCUAACGGGCCGGUCAGUACUCGGAUAAAUCCCGUGUUUGCGGUUUGGUCCGGUCGGACAGGAGGGUAAUCAUCAUGGCUCUGAAAAUCGUGAAGGGAAGCAUCGAUCGGAUGUUCGACAAAAACCUGCAGGAUUUAGUACGUGGCAUUAGAAACCAUAAGGAGGAUGAGGCCAAAUACAUCUCUACCUGCAUCGAUGAGAUCAAACAAGAACUUAAACAAGAUAACAUUGCUGUUAAAGCCAAUGCCGUCUGCAAACUCACCUAUUUGCAGAUGCUCGGCUAUGAUGUUAGCUGGGCUGCAUUCAACAUUGUGGAGGUGAUGAGCUCCUCCAAAUUCACAUACAAGAGAAUCGGCUACCUUGCAGCUUCACAAUGCUUUCAUGAGGGCACCGAUGUCAUAAUGCUGACAACCAAUCAGAUUCGCAAGGAUCUCAGCAGCCCCAACCAAUAUGACACUGGUGUGGCGCUGACUGGACUUUCUUGCUUCGUGACCCCUGACCUUGCCCGCGACCUGGCUAAUGACAUUAUGACAUUGAUGUCUCACACUAAGCCGUACAUUCGAAAGAAGGCAGUGCUAAUUAUGUAUAAAGUAUUCCUCAAGUAUCCCGAGUCCCUCCGGCCCGCCUUUCCACGAUUGAAGGAGAAGUUGGAGGAUCCGGAUCCUGGUGUCCAGUCAGCUGCUGUAAAUGUCAUCUGUGAACUGGCGAGAAGGAACCCUAAGAACUACCUUUCCCUAGCACCCCUGUUCUUCAAGCUUAUGACUUCGUCCACCAACAACUGGGUGCUCAUUAAGAUCAUUAAGCUGUUUGGUGCUCUUACUCCUUUGGAGCCUCGUUUGGGAAAGAAGCUAAUUGAGCCCCUAACCAACCUCAUUCACAGUACCUCGGCCAUGUCGCUUCUGUAUGAGUGUGUCAACACAGUUAUAGCAGUUCUGAUCUCCUUGUCCUCUGGGAUGCCCAAUCACAGCGCUAGCAUACAGCUCUGUGUUCAGAAACUGCGAAUCCUUAUUGAAGACUCGGACCAGAACUUGAAGUACUUGGGUCUGCUGGCUAUGUCCAAGAUCCUGAAGACUCACCCAAAAUCUGUGCAGUCACACAAGGACCUUAUCCUGCAGUGUCUGGAUGAUAAAGAUGAGUCCAUUCGUCUCAGAGCCCUGGAUCUUCUCUACGGCAUGGUAUCGAAGAAGAACUUGAUGGAGAUUGUGAAGAAGCUCAUGCUACACGUGGACAAAGCAGAGGGCACCACUUACCGAGAUGAACUGCUUACCAAGAUCAUCGACAUCUGCAGCCAGAGCAACUACCAGUACAUCACCAACUUUGAGUGGUACAUCAGUAUUCUAGUAGAGUUGACUCGUCUGGAGGGCACCAGGCACGGACACCUGAUCGCCUCGCAGAUGCUGGAUGUCGCCAUCCGUGUCAAAGCCAUCAGAGGCUUUGCCGUGGCUCAAAUGGCCACUCUGCUGGACAACGCACACCUGCUGACCGGCAACACACAGAGAAACGGCAUCUGUGAGGUGCUGUACGCUGCCGCAUGGAUAUGUGGAGAGUUCUCUGAGAAUUUGGAGGAUCCUUUGCAGACAUUGGAGGCCAUGCUGAGGCCCAAAGUGGCCACCCUGCCUGGUCACAUCCAGGCGGUGUACGUGCAAAACGCUGCUAAGCUGUUUGCCACCGUGCUGCAGAAACACGAAGGAGAGACUGACAGUCAGGUCACACAGGAGACAAGCCAGCUGCUCAUUGAAAGACUGCCACUGUUUGUCCAGAGCGCUAACCUGGAAGUGCAGGAAAGGGCGUCCUGCAUACUGCAGCUGGUGAAGUACAUUCAGAAACUUCAACUGAAGAACGUUGAGGUGGCGGAGGAAGUCACGGCUCUCUUUGCUGGAGAACUCAACCCUGUGGCCCCCAAGGCCCAGAAGAAAGUGCCUGUACCAGAUGGUCUGGACCUGGAUGCCUGGAUCAAUGAGCCUCCAUCAGAGAGCGAGUCUGAGGAUGAGAAGCCCAAAGCUGUGUUUGCUAAAGAGGAGCCCAAACAUUCCAGAUCAAAACACACUGAAGUGGAUGAAAAGGAGUUGGCCAGGAGGAGGGAAGCCCGGAAGCAGGAACAGGCCAACAACCCGUUCUACAUCAAAGCCUCACCAUCAUCUCAGAAGGGGUUCGAUGCACCCGGUGUAGAACACAUUCCAGUAGUGCAGAUCGACCUUAGCGUGCCUCUCAAAGUGCCAGGGAUGCCCAUGUCAGACCAGUACGUGAAGCUGGAGGAGGAACGCCGGCAGAAACAGAAAGCAGAUAAGAAGAAGAAAGAAAAGAAGAAAAAGAGAGAGAAGCGAGGGAAGGGGAGAAAGGGAGAUUCAGGUCCAGAGAGUGAAGAAGACAUCACACCUGCUCACCACGUGGAUAUAGUCACAGAGGAAAUGCCAGAGAAUGCCUUACCUAGUGACGAUGAUGACAAAGAUCCCAAUGAUCCUCACAAGGCUCUGGACAUCGAUCUAGACAAUUUGCUAUCUGGUGCUGGCUCAAGGCCGCUUGCAGACAGCGACAAGCUUCCGGUCAGGACCCACCGUCCUGAGGUGCUUCAGAGCCCCGCAGAUGACAGAGACCGUGAAGGGGUCACACAAGAGGUCAAGAAGAAGAGCGGUAAGGAGAAGAAAGAGAAGAAGAAGGAUAAGGAGAAGGACAGGAAGAGAAACAAAGAGGAAAAGAAGAAAAAGAAGAAACACAAAGAAGUGGAGGAGGACCUAAUGGAAUCUCAGCAAGAAGAGGCCAACCAAUCAGAGGAGAUCAAAGAAGUGGCAGCCCUCCCCACGUCCACAUCUGUUGAGGCCUCCGAUCUGGAUUUCUGGCUCUCUAGUGCUCCUGUUCCCCACGUUGCCCAGGAAGUGGCAGCUCCCACCCUAGUCACUCCUGUAGAGACAAGCUCUGCCGCCGCUGUAGAGUCUGAACCAGAUGAGCGCAAAGACACAGAACCAGAGGACACGAAAUCCUCUAAACACAAGAAGAAAAAGCAAAAGAAAGAAAAGGAGGAGAAGGAGAAGAAGAAAAAGAAGCGACAUCACCACCACCACCAUCAUCACGGUGAUGGAGGAGAAGAUUCAGUGCAGAACGGCACUGUGGAGGAGGAGGAGCCUCUCCCGCCCAUGUCAAACUACUCUCUGCUGGCUGAGAACUCCUACAUUAAAAUGGUGUACGAUAUCCAGGGAAACCACCAGGACGAGAGUCAAGUUGUGGUGUCGGUCAUCUUCGAGAACAAAUGCGACAGCUUUCUCAAGUCAAUGGAGUUCAACGUGCUGGAUUCCCUCAACUCUAAACUGCAACGGCCUGAGGGAGCCGGACCCCACGACGGCCUUACCGUCCCCUUUCAACUGCCACCAGGGGUGUCAAAUGAGGCGCGAUUCGUUUUCACAGUGCAGAGUAUCGUCAUGCCCCAGAAGUUAAAGGGAACGCUCACCUUUAUAGUUAAGACGGACGACUCUUCUACUCAUGAGAAACUGGACUUCAAACUGCACUUUACAUGCACAUCAUACCUAAUCACAACUCCCUGUUACAGUGAUGCAUACGCUAAGUUGUUGGAGUCUGGCGACCUGAAGGGGAGCUCUUUACGGCUGGAGGGAAUCAACAUGCCCUUCCAUCACCUGCUGGCCAGGAUCUGUUUCUACCAUCACUUCUCUGUUGUGGAGAGGAUCGACUCCUGCGCCUCCAUGUACAGCAGGUCGAUCCAGGGUCACCACGUCUGUUUACUGGUCAAAACCGCUGAUCAGACCGUCUCCAUUGACGCCAAGUGUGACGAGCCAUCUCUGCUGGGGAACUUGCUGGAUGAAAUCAAGGAGACCUUCUCAAAAUGCUGAUCGAGUCUGAGAAGACGUGUCACCAACCUGAAACCCCCCUUAAAUCCCACCGCAGCCUCCUGGCUAAAACAACACAAGCUCAGACUCGUGUUCCCUCCUCUGAACUUCCUCUGUAUUUAUUGGAUCUCUUAUUCUGUUGUUUUUCGUAAAUUUCAAGUACAUCUCUUGCCUGUAACUGAUUUUCAUUUCCCUUCUUGACUUCGCCAUUCCUCUUAUCUGAUCUUAUGCUUUAUCCCGCACCGUUUUCCUCGGCGGCUUCUCACAAUGAAUACAUUGUGACGCGUUUUGCUCCCUCUGACAUUCUUUCAUUAUCUUAACGGUUCAUGACAUUGAUCCUAAGAACUGGAUUGCUCAUCAACGCUCGACUUGCGUUUUUUCUUCGUUUUGCAUUGUUGUUUGUUGUCGUUUUUUUUUCUGUCCUGAAUUCCAUCAGCGCCUUUUCAGCAUUAAACAUCAGUGUGUUUGCUCCUUGCCAGUUUGUAGAGAAUGUGUGAGUGUUUUGUGUCUUACAGGACUGGGUCACGCCAGAAAUCCCACUCUUUGAACUGCCCCUGAGCACCAACCUCACACCCAGCUUCACUAAUUUUGAUUUAUAUGCACGCUAGUAAGUACAGGAACACAGGGUUGCACUCUAAUACCACAUCUGUUCCACAGUGUGCAAGCCAAGACAAUGUCAUGGCCUGUUACUAUUUGUAUUCUUGUGCUGAUUUAAGAAUGAUCCAGGCACAAUUUUGAUAAUGUGAGUUACUACAUCACUAACUACGAUAACAUAUAAUUCAGUAUAACUGCACACUACCAUCUUGCUCAGGAUUAUGGCAGUUAAUAAACAGUCAAAUAAAUAACACAUUGACUUCAUGCCUGUCACGUUGGUCCAGUUAUUCUUGCAUUUUCUUCAUGGAUCCAGUUAAAUGGACUCCCGAAGGAUUUCCCUGUCAAUAAAGGAAUUUUCUUGGUUAGUAUGAGUUAAGCUCUUGGAUAAAUCAUGUCUGAGUUCCUGUCUGUGCAAUCAAUAACAACCAUAGAUAUAUAGUACAUAAACAUAAAUUCAACUCCAGAUGUUCCUUUAUCAUCCCAUUGAUCACACAAAAGUAUCUCUGUAUGUUUGUUCCCUGGACAGUAUUAUAUAUACAUAUAUAAAGGUUCCCUGUUCUGUUUCUUAUAUAUGACUUAUAUAGGAAUAUUAUACUGUAAAGGGAACAUCUGUUAAACGUGCACUUUCUCAGCCUGUAUCACUUCUACCAAAUGCCUUUGUGGCUUAGACAUCACCCAAACUUAAGAUUCAUGUGUUUGUCAGCUUUCUGACUGCCAUCUUGUACAUUUGGCAAUUGCAAUCAGUCGCUUCUUUUUUUAAAGCUGUUUAAUGCCUUUUUUCACACUACUGAAGUUGUACUGACUAAUUCAGGCACAUGCUGUAAGUAUAUAUAUCCUGUCUGAUCCAGCACGCUGUAGCGCUCUUGUUGUAAGGUUGCAACCAAAGAGGGUAACUUGCAAGUGAUUUCCAUCAAACCGCUUUAAGAAUUGACUGAAUAUCAAGUUAUAAGGAUGUUUCUGGAAGAUAAACACCUUUGUAGUGAUUGUAAAGAUUAAAUCGAUAUAACAACCGUGUUACAAGUCACAUUCAGAUUUAUUACAUGCAUGGUAGGAAUGUAGUUUUCCCUUGCCUAUUUUUUUUUUUAUUAAUACAUAAACACUUGCAUAGAAAAAGUCCUUACCAUUCCUUUUACUUUUUUACAUUGAUGUUAGCUUCACCAUUAUACAUGAUGAUGUGUUUUUUAUUUGUUAUGAGUACUUCAAAAAAAAAUGUCUUGGAAUGUUUUUAAGAAUUUGCAUUAAAUUAUUAUAUACAUAUAUCAAUACAGGGGGUUUGGGAGGGGGUGGGUCAAAAAGCAGAGAUUUAGGGGGUCCAUAUAGAGAUCAAUACUUAGCCGUUAAAUGUGAUUCAAGUGAAGUGGACCAGCUAAUCUAAUAAGGUUUUCCCUUUGGCAAGUUGUAGUGCAGAUAUUGCUGGAUUUGGCUUUUCAUUAAAUAACCUCUCAUUGCUCUUUGUUUGACGGUACUGUCCGACUCCUUCAUAUGAAUUUUCAGACUGUCUGAUGUAAUAUAAUGUUUUAAGAUGAAUAAAUGAGCAAAACGAAUGGCCGAUAGUUUUCUCCUACCAUUCUUGAGAAGUGCAUUUAAGAGUUCAGAAAGGACACUGUAGUUUGUGUGUGUGUGUGUACCAAAUAAAUUCAUACAUAUAAUGUAUAUUCAAA